GCAUGAAAAGACUCGUCGUCCAACGAAUCAUACGAACGAGUUACUACAACAAUUGUUAAAAAGGUUAAAUCGCCACCGCUCUCUAACAGUCUCUCUUUCUCUCUCUGCGGUCAUGGCCGCCAUGGAAGGCAUUGUUGGAGCUCAGGACCAAGCCCAGGCUCAACAACAACAACCGCCCAAGGUUGUGGAGAGGCUGAACCCUGCGGUUCAACAGCAACUCAAUCUCGAGUCUGUCAAGACGCGAGCGAUCAGCCUCUUCAAAGCCAUCUCUCGCAUCCUCGAAGACCUAGAUGCCAUCGCUCGCACCAAUUCUGUCCCUAAAUGGCAAGAUGUAUUGGGGCAAUUUUCUAUGGUGAAUCUUGAGCUUUUUAACAUAGUGGAAGACAUCAAGAAGGUUUCCAAGGCUUUUGUUGUACAUCCAAAGAACGUCAAUGCAGAGAACGCCACAAUUCUGCCAGUUAUGUUGUCAUCAAAGCUAUUGCCUGAGAUGGAAAUGGAAGACAGUUCCAAGAGAGAGCAGGUAUUACAUGGGAUGGAAAACCUGCCAGUAUCCGCACAAAUUGAAAAGCUAAAGACUAGAAUAGAUAUGAUUGGAGCAGCCUGUGAAAGUGCUGAAAAGGUCAUAGCUGAUACCCGUAAAGCCUAUUUUGGUACACGACAAGGGCCAACGAUUGUUCCAACAUUAGACAAGGUCCAAGCUGCAAAAAUUCAAGAACAAGAGAAUUUACUGCGAAGUGCUGUAAAUCAUGGCGAAGGAUUAAGAAUACCUGGGGAUCAAAAGCAGAUUACGUCUGCUCUUCCCAUGCAUCUGGUGGAUGUUCUCGCCGUGAGUGAUACCACGCAGACUUUUGUUGAUGCAUCUGGCAUGUACAUGAAAACUAAUACUCCCCUGUCAUCGAACAACAUUAACAGCCAGGGAACGUUGUUACAGGCUUCUGGAACACAACUUAUUGGAAGAUCAGCAGCUUCCCCUUCCGGUGCUACUGCGGCCACUUCCUUUGAUAAUACAACGACGUCUCCACUGCCAUAUGCAAACUCGCCUAGGUCUGGCACGACUUUGAUGAAUACACCAUCUCCUCAGCAACAAUCACAACAGCAGCAGCACCAACAGCAGCAGCAGCAGCAGCAGCAACAACAACAACAACAACAACAACAAAGGCAAAAAAUGAUGCAAUUACCCCGACAUCAGCAGCAACUCCUUGCUCAUCAGCAAUUCAGGCAAUCUUCGAUGCCUGGACUGGGGCAGAACCAGCUGCCACAGCUGCAUGAUUUGCAGGGCCAAGCUCAGCAGAAGUUUCAAUCGUUACACGGUCAGCAUCAGAUGCAAUUUUCUCAGCCAAUGGGGGCCCAGCAAUUUCAAAGUAGGCAGCUAACAUCUGGACCCAUUCAGCAUAGCAUUGGUCAAAACCAACUCAGCCAAGGAAAUCAGCUGAAUCGUCAUUUAAACCAAUUUUCUUCCCCUGCCAAUAGUGCAUUGUUUAAUGCUGCUCAGUCUACGCCAAAUACGCAAAUUAUUCCAAACAUGUCCGCAACGAUGCCAUCACAAUCACUUCUCCCACGAAUGCAGCAGUUUGGAUUAUCUUCUGGCAAUCGGAGUCAUGCUUCCCAAAUUUUGAGUGAUCAAAUGUUUAACAUGGGAGCAGCUAAUCCUAGCACGAUGAUGCCUCUACAGCAGCAGCAGCAGCAGCAACAUGGUUCACAAGGUGCUUUCGGAAAUAUGGCGCAAAAUGCCUCAAAUCUACAACCUGGUAUGGUGGCCAUCCAGAAUGCUUCACAGAAUCAUCCCAGUUUCCAACAACAGCGACAGCAAAAUCAACAGCAGUAAUGUUAUAGAACCUCCAAGCUAAUAGGCUGACCUAGUUCUAUUUGUAUACUAGGUCAGGGGCCACUACAGAAUAGCAGUGAUGAUAUACAUUGGAAUGUGGCAAUGUAGAAACUUAGCAUGAAAGUUGGGCUAGACUUAUUUUCUUCAUUACUUUUUCAUGAUUUGUAUGUGUUGAUAGUGUAUUGGAAGCUGUGACGUGCUCCAUGCUGGCGCAAGGACAUCAGUAGUGUAAAAUGAAUAAAAACUAGUUCAUCUGAAAUGAAAAUGUUUUGGAUGCCAAA